UCUGGCUCUCUCGCUCCCUCUCUUUCUUCCCACAUUUGCACGGUGAGGUUUGAGGCUAAACGAACCCACGCUUAUCUGAUGAUUGCAUUUACCACUUUGAAUCUGUUCGAUUUGGGACUCUUUCACUCACUGUAUGGGCGUCUUACUUUGGAAAGAAAGAGGCGCGAAAAUAGCUGUGGACUUUUUUUUGAGCUUCCAAAUGACGGAUAAUUCUGAGGCAAUUGGCGUCCCAUUGUAAACUCGUAGAACACAAGUCGCGCGAUUGCAGUUUUCAGUUAACGUCGCGCAGCAAAUUCAACAGAAGUGGUUUCGAACACUACAUAACCAGGACUGUCUUGUUAUUUCACAGUUGUACUUUUAAAUAGUAACUUUGUUGACUAAGGGGAGGAACCAGGCGCGUGGAUACAUUUUGCUGGUGCGGUCCAACCCUGGUUUUCAUGCGCCUCCCUUCGAGUGAGCUGUUGUUGGGAGAUUUCACACGACUCCUCGCUGUAGUCAUCUGUCUGACGAAACAACCCCCCAUCCGAUACAAUAAAGACCGGCCGGAGACCGUCGCUGUGGCCCCGGGCUUCUAGGCCAUGAGCAGCUUCCCGGGCAGGAUGGGGCAAGACGUGGAGAAACAGGGCCACAAGCUGCCCAAGCAGCACUGGAGCGACCCGAAGGACAAGGUGCCCACAGACCGAACCAUGGUGGUGGGGGGUAAGGGGAGGGGCGGGGCCAACCGCGCCGAGACCCCCGGAGGCGUGGCCAAGAAGCGGCGGCAGCGCUACGUGGAGAAGGACGGCAAGUGCAACGUCCACCACGGCAACGUGCGGGAGACGUACCGCUACCUGACCGACAUCUUCACCACGCUGGUGGACCUCAAGUGGCGCUUCAACCUGCUGGUCUUCACGCUGGUCUACACCACCACCUGGGUCUUCUUCGGCCUGAUCUGGUGGCUCAUCGCCUACAUCCGCGGGGACCUGGAGCACGCCGACGACGGCGACUGGACGCCCUGCGUCAACAACCUCAACGGCUUCGUCUCGGCCUUCCUCUUCUCCAUCGAGACGGAGACCACCAUCGGCUACGGCUACCGCGUCAUCACGGACAAGUGCCCCGAGGGCAUCAUCCUGCUGCUGGUGCAGGCCAUCCUGGGCUCCAUCGUCAACGCCUUCAUGGUGGGCUGCAUGUUCGUCAAGAUCUCGCAGCCCAAGAAGCGGGCGGAGACGCUGAUGUUCUCCCACAAGGCGGUGGUGUCGCUGCGGGACGGGAAGCUGUGCCUGAUGUUCCGGGUGGGCGACCUGCGCAGCUCGCACAUCGUGGAGGCGUCCAUCCGGGCCAAGCUCAUCCGCUCCAAGCAGACCAAGGAGGGCGAGUUCAUCCCGCUCAACCAGACCGACAUCAACGUGGGCUUCGACACGGGCGACGACCGCCUCUUCCUGGUCUCGCCCCUCAUCAUCUGCCACGAGUUCGGCGAGGGCAGCCCCUUCUGGGAGAUCUCCCAGGCCCAGCUGGCUCGGGAGGAGUUCGAGAUCGUGGUCAUCCUGGAGGGGAUGGUCGAGGCCACGGGAAUGACGUGCCAGGCGCGCAGCUCGUACCUGGACUCCGAGGUGCUGUGGGGGCAGCGCUUCACCCCGGUCCUCUCCCUGGAGGAGGGCUUCUACGAGGUGGACUACGACACCUUCCACCACACCUACCCCACGCCCACGCCCGCCUGCUCCGCCCGCGAGCUGGCCGAGCUGGCCAAGAAGGGCGAGGAGAUCCCCCUCCCGCCCCCGUCGCCCCCCGAGGCCUCCGAGGAGGCCCCCGUCCCGGAAGAGGCGGGGGGCGGAGGGCAGGUGGAGGGGCGCGGCGACGGAGAGGGGGACGGCGAGAACGUCACCAACGGCGACGUCGGCAAGAUGCACGUCGGAGACGAGUGACGGGUCAAAACGAAAACCUGGCGCCGGGAAAUUUUGGGCGUCCCGACGUCUUCGCCCCCUCUCGUUAUUCCAGCGGGAGCGGGGGGAGGGGGAGGGACCAGCGGGAGCGUGAGGACGAAAACGGAGGGAACGGGUUCAGCGUUUUUCUCCCCUGCGCCAGCUCUGUUUUCACCGGUCCAGGGGAGCGGGUCCCACCCUGUGGGCGGCGGAAGGGGCUGCUGAGGAUGUGAUUUCACCUUUGCGUGUCCCGGUGAAACCCCACUGAGACAAAAAUCCCCCCCUUGCAAACGGAGACUCGAUCCACGUGGCAUCAAAAUUUCAGAACAGUUAGAUGGUUUCAAAAAGAAGGACGUCUGCACAUUUUUUUCCUUUGCUGAUUUCACAAACAUUUAUUUUUUUGGUCAAAAGCCUUCGUCAUAGCUAUGACAAAGAUUUUUUUUAACUGAAAGUUCAGCUCUUUAAUAAACGUUUGUGUAAUUUGCAACGGAGAAAAUCUGCAGAUGUCUUUUUUUUUAUUUAUUGUUUUUUUUUUUUCUCCAGCACUUUAUAUAGAACAGUAGAUGGUGAAACGUGAUCAAGUAAUUCACUGUUUAUCACACAGUUUUCCAUUGAACCUCUCGCCUGUCAAAUUAACUACUGGACCUGUUACACAAACUGCCUUAGAUACAUUUGUUUCGACAACAUGGUUUAAAAAUAAAAUAAAAUAAAAUAAAAUAAAAAUAAAAAAAACAUUUAAAUCAAUAUUUGAGGGCAAGUCAGGCUACAAACAGGGUGGGUCACAUGAGAUAUAUUUACUCCAUAAUGGGCCAAUGGGGUCAGGGCUUUUGGGAGCCACUGGUGUGGGAUGAAGCGAUGGGAAACAGAGGAAGAGGCCGGAAUCUCUGUGAAGGGACCGUCCCGCAGACGGGAGGGGGAGGAAUGGUAAACGGUGAGAAGCUUUCACCUUUACCGAACUCUGAGCCAAAUUCACUGCAAUUUUUUCACUCAGUAGAUUUAACAAUGGCGCCUGUUUUUCCCAGUCAGACACUGUCAGACAGCGUAUUAUAUUAGUUUACUCACUGCAUGCCGUUUCAGUUUCUGGCUUUUUUUCAUUUUUGAUCGUAUGCAUGGUGAAAGAAACGAUGCUUGAGAUGCAGCGAAGCAGCAUUUUACUCAGUAAAAUAUUCAGCUUGAAUUCAACUCUCACGUAGUACACCGUACAGUGAUUGUGUUAGUUUAAUCCCUGCUGGGGCUCGCGUGAGCUCUGUUUGAGUUUAAUGCUGGACAUUUCGCUGUGUAGACAUGAAUAACGUACAUUCACUCUGGCGGUUAUCCGUAUCGGUGAGAUGCGGUACAUCCGGAGCAAACAUACAUGCAUUUUAACACGCCAUGCAGGUGUUCUCUGAAUUUGAUAUUUGAAUGAAUCUGAAUUGAACACGUUUAAUUGCAAGGUUCAUUUGAAUUUGCAUACAUAUCACUGCAACUUGAAUUGACUUUAUUUUUUAUUUAUUUAUUGUUUUACUGUUAGUGCCUGUCGCAAAAUCCGAGGCAUUAUUAUUGCUACUGUUGUGUUUUGUUUUGUUUUUUUGAGAAGGGAGGAGUUUGCAAUGCAGCUGGCAUCCAGAAAAGAGGUUUACGUGUGCCCAACGUCUGGCUGUGCAUUUGUAAAUAUUUUUUUCAUGUGUUUAGAAUGAUCGGCAAUCAUUCAAAUGCAUUUUUUGGAAGCAUAUAGAUGGAGGACAAAGUAUUUGCACCUGCAUUUUCACCAGUGCUACUGAACCGUAAGAAUGUACCACGUUUCCAUUCACCUUCAAAUGCAUUUUAUCAUUAGUCUGGUUAUAGUAAAGGGAAACGUGAAACCAUCUUAUAACUUAAAAACUGAAUGUCAUGAAGGGGCAUUUUAAUAAAAUGGAGAGUUGGAAUAAAAAAGAAAAAAGAAAACAAGAAACUAGUGGAAUUACAUACAGAAAUAUAAAUACAACGUGUGGAGAUUCCUGAUUCUUUUAGAUUCAACACAAUGUCAUUUAUUUACAACUUAUGAAAAGUAAAAUAUUGAUAAUAGGAAUUAACUGGUAUCAAUAUUUUUCCUCCAAUCAUUUCCUCCACUAUUUAGAAUUGUUCGACCUUGUCCUUGCAGAGAAUACGUGUAUCAUUUUAUAGGUUCAACAGAGCUCAACUUAUUGCAAAACUUAACUUUAAUUUAUUGAUUUGCCUUUUAAAUAUGUGUCUAUAUUUGUCUAUGAAAUUUUGUCAAUAUUAUUUCGGAAACUUGUAACUUUAUUAAUUGUUGAAAA